AUGACGGGUGGAUGUUUUUCCUUCUUCCGAGCUCUGGAGGAUGAUGAAGACCAGCAUCAUGAGAUGGAAUUUAAAUUGUUCCAAAAUUAUGGAGAUUAUAUAUUUACUAUUUUACCACCGGAAAUUGUUGAUACAAUUUUUGAAUAUUUACAUACGUUUCAGUUAUUGACAUUAAUGAGAGUGAAUGUUUUUGUAGAAUUUAGAGUUUUGAGAUUUAUAAUAAUGGGAGAUAAUGAUGUUCAAUAUUUAAAAAAACGAGAUGAAAGGUUGGGCCGGAAUAUCAAAUCAGCGGUGUAUUUUCCAAGUGCAAGUUUACAUUUCUUCUUGGACGCAUUGAUGAGAUACAGCAAAUUGAUGAAAAAUUCAAAUAUUACUGCAGAGGACGACUUUGAAAGGGUUCUUCGAAUUUAUAGAUUUAAUUUAACAAUAUUUAAUUGGAAAACUCUGCUUGAGCAUAGCAAUAGUCGCUCCUCAAAAGCAAAUGUCGAACAAGUAUUGAAAAAAUUGCAAACGUUAAUUGAAGCUUUUCAAAUUCAAGAGUUGGUCAUUGGAUGCUUUGAACAAGUCUUGAAAUGGUUAGAUACUGCACUUAAGAACACCAAGCAACCAUUACGAAGUAUCAAAAGAUUGACAGUGCUAAAUUCCAAAUCCAGAUUUCACUUCAAACAACCUCAACAGUUUCACAUGUCCAACCUCCCUCUUCAAGCACUACAUGGAUAUUUAGUGAAAUCUAUAACAGAUGUACAACACUUAUGUGCUCAACAGAAACUUUGCAAUAACUUGGAGUUUUUGACCAUUGUAAUAUGUGAAUCAGAAAGAAAUACGCUUGAUCUCGUGCUCAGAAAUGUUUUAACAUCAAUGCCAAACCUAUUAUAUCUCUCACUUGAGAUUUCAGUCCCAUUCUUUGAGAGACGAUGCACGGUGAUUAUUGAUGAUCAAAUGGUAGAGCUUUUACAACAAUCCAAGUUAAAACGUCUCAAAAUUCCAAAAGGGUAUAAAACCACGGAUGUGUCCCUAGUUCUGAAUACGAACAAAGUUAUCAAAAAUUGUUUGCCGAAAGUGGAGGAGCUUCUGUUAAUAUGUAACAUUCAUCCACAGAAUAUUGAAAUGCAUAAUGCAUUGAUGGUUCUUUUCCCACUACACCCCUUGAAAGAAUUUUCAUAUAUUCAUAAUACCUUCACCUCAGAAAUCGUCAACCAAAUGUCAAUUACAGAAAAGUUACAUGUUUACCAUGUCACAGAUGGCAUGUUACCUAAGACACAAUCAACACACAUGACUUUGAAUGGUAAUAAGUCAAACUACACAGUGAGAAUGAAUGAACAAUGGAUUCCUUCCUUAAACAUAUAG